AUGCAUGUAGGUUCGAAAGGCUUACACUCGGACAUCUUGCAAACGGCUGACGAAGAACUCAGACCCAGACCUAGAAAGUCCAGAAGAUAUUCCCCGAGCACCUUGUUCCCAGCAGCGGGCCCCUUGCCAGACAGCGCGAAUAGCAACGAGGUCAACGAGGUCAACGAAGUUGAAUCGUCAAGAUCGCAUCCCCUGCAAGACGAAGGGCCAAGAAAUCAGGACGAGUCGGUCCAUGCCUCAUAUCCAAAUAAUGAGGCUCCCGAUCCCUUCCAGAUUGCUACUCCUAGUUCGAUUUCUCGUUCCAGAGAGAUUCCAGACACUCCUCACCAGGCAUAUCUUGGCCGUUCCGAAUAUGUCGGUCCCGAUGCUCGAAUCGACGAGGAGCUUGCUCAGAACUAUGCCGUCAGCCGUGGAAAGUAUGCGACUCUAGACGACAGCAUACUGGAACAGCAGCAUGCAUUCGACUUGCCCCCACGGAAUAUCCGCAGUGUUCUCAUAGACAACUUUGUCAAGAUUUGCAGUCCCUGGAUGCCUAUUGUCGACGCCGAGGCACUUGAACCGACGUCGGAGCACAAGCCAUCCAUGCUGUUACUCCAGGCCGUCUUUCUUGUCGGCAGCAGGAUGCGAUCCUCUCCCCUCGAGUAUGCCUCGUGUGAGGACUUCUACCGUCGCGCCAAGACUCUGUUCUUCUUGCAGCACGAGCAGGACAUGAUAUCUGUCAUCAAGGCGCUCUGCCUGAUGCAGUGGUGGAAUCCCACUGGCCCAGAGCACGUUUCGCUGGACAAAGGGAGCUAUUGGCUUCGUGCCAGUGUCGGCCUCGCCUUUGAAAUUGGGCUUCAUCGAGAUCCAGGGUCUAGCCCAGAAGCAUCACUUCGCAGACUACUGUGGUGGACGAUCUUCACUCGCGAUUGCUUGAUUUCUUCUGGCCAAGGAAGGCCACGGGCUAUCAAUCUAGAAGACUGUGAUGUUCGACCUAUCUCGAUCAAUGACUUUCCACAGCCCACCAAAAGCGCUCACUUGUUCGUUGCCUUUGUUCAGAUAUGUUCCAUCCUGGGCGAUCUCACCCAGUGCGCUCUGCGCAACAAUCUCUCCUACUCGAGAAAGGCAACAAUUGAGAGAGACCUGAGGCAGUGGAUACAAGAACUCCCCCCUUGCCUGCAGAUGUACCAGCAGCACCCCGUCAAGAAGCCGGCGACAUACGAUAUCGAUGUCCGCCAACUCCAUGUGCCUUACUUUACCGCACUGACGAUCCUGUAUAAGCCCUCAUCCAGCACGAGUGCCCCUUCACCCGUGGCGCUUUUGGCGUCGUCCUUCGUGGCGGGCAUCUUUGAAGAUUUCUUGAGGAGAGACGACGUCCGGUAUCUGAACUCGAUCUUUACCUUCCACCUCCUGAUUGCGGGAGUCACACAACGGUCCUGCGACAGGUACUGCGCCAUUCGGGCCCAGGCGGAGGAGGAACUCCGCGUCAUCGCCGCCGCUCUUCAGGAACUGAGCAGGCAAUGGGACUCGGCCCUGGGGCCGCUCAAGAUCAUCCAAAGCUUCUCCCACGACAGCCGCCGCGAGGCCGUCGUCGCCACCCUCCACCCCCAAAGACUCACUCCCGACCAAAGGGCCUUCUUCGAGCCGUACGGGCCGGAAUUCUGCCGCAAAUGGGACAUGCUGCUCGACCGGCCGCACCUGCCAGAGUCGGACUACCACGACGAGAGAUUCGGGCCCGCGGACUCGAGCGUCCCGGCGUACAGCGAGCUGGCAGAUCUCGCCGUGCCCGAAACAGCCACUCAACCGCUGCUGGAGUUCAACUUUUCCGACUACGGUCCCUUCCUCGGCUGGGGCGACUUUGGGGCCAACGGCCUGGAGUAA